AAUUCAUCAAAAUGAUUAAGUUACAUUGGUCACCUUUAUGUUUCGUUUCUCAGUUACAAAUAGGGCAAUACACAUGCUUACACACAUACAUUCUAUAUUGAUAAAUUGUGAUUGGAUAACUUGUAAUGUUAAUCGAUGAACAACUAUAUUAUUGAAUUUUUAAUACUAUGGUGUGGAUGAAUACCUCAAAACGAACUAAUUUUUCAGUUUUAUACCUAUCUAUGUGAUGAAAAUGCAGAGUAAAUCGUCAUCAUUACAAUCAGAGCAUCUUUCUGGUACUCGCCAUCAACAUCGUAAUCAUUACAUACAUCAUAAACAUGGAGAACACUUUGUUAGAUUACCGUAUUACAUUUUAUUAGUAGCGUUAUUCUUAUCUUUAUACUUUCUAGCCACAUCUCUUAUCAUGGAUGAUAAUUUAUUUGAUCAGAAACAGGUGCAGGGGGAACCAUUUUAAUGCCGCAACAUUGAUUGGUGACUACUGCAAGGAAGAAACAAAAAAUCAAUCAGCUAAAGAUUUAGCUCAACAAAUAUUCAAUAUACUUGCAAUUGGAACAAUUCUAAUUGCAAUGAUAAUUGAUGUGAUACAAUUUUUCAUAAUUAAUAAAUAUCAAAAAUUAUGUACAAAAUGUUUAUUUGGUCUCAUAAUUUUAAGUUUUAUUUUAGCAAUGACUGCAGCAACAUUGGCUAAUAUUAAUUCACAAUUUUAUGGAACCAGAAAAAUACCUCAUCCAUCAACAUGUUUAUUAGCUGGGAGUGCAAUUACUUUCCUAACAUUUUUAAUUGCAAUUGUUCCUUGUCUUGAACGACAAUUAGAUUAAUUACAAUUAUUAAAAUUGAUGAUUAAUUUUACAUAAAAAACAGAAGCAGAUUUUAUUUUCUACACUAAAGUACCAUAUAUUCAAAAAAUAUAAAUGAUUUAAUC